CUUCGCACGAGAGCCAAAACAAACAUGGCUCCUUUUAUUUUUAUUACUGUUCCGUUUCAAAUUUAUAAGGUUUUCCUUCGCUAAGACGAACAAAAAUGAGCUGGAUUAAUCCGUUCAACAAAUUAAAGGGAAGGCCAGCGGGAAAGCUGACGACAGACAAUGAUUUUGAAAGACAAGUGGCAAGGUUCAAUGAAAUGGAAAAUGCCACGAAGAAAGUGUACAAGGGAAUGAAAAAAUAUGACGAGGCUGUUACAGCUCUUGGAAAAGCAGAGCAAAAGAUUUAUCAAGAUCUGGCAGCAAAUCUAAUAGCACAGACAGACCCAUUAAAAGAACAGGUUGAUGAUCAUGUUACAGCUACUGCUAAACUUGAUGAACUGAGGCAACUCUUGGUAUCAAGAAAUAAAAAUACUGUGGUCGAACCAUUGAAAAGAUUUAAUCAUGCUUUCCCACGAGUGAAUGAAGCAAUCAAAUCAAGGGAACAAAGUUUAAUAGAGUAUGCCAAACAGCAGGCCAAGGCAGAAAAAUUGACUGAAAAGGAAAAACAGCCACAGAAUCCUACCAAGAUAGAGCAGGCCAAACAAGACCUAGCAAAAGCAAAAGCCGACUUUGAAAGACAGAAUGCCACCAUGUUAGAAGAAUUACCUCUUCUUAUUGAAGGCAGAAUAGCAUACUUUGAACCCUCAUUUGAGGCUCUUAUUCGAUCAGAGGCAAGCUACUAUAAUGAUGCUGUCCAAGUUCUCACAGAACUAACCAACAGAUAUAACAAGUCUAGAGAACCACUAAGUGUAGAUCAACAAGAAAAACAAUUAGAACAAAAAUUAGCAGACUUAAAGGCACUAUCAAUAACUGAGGAUGAGUAAUGCAUAGUAUACUGUAAAUGGCA